GCGUUAAUAAAGUUAACAAAAAAAACGAUGCUUUUUAUGGAUCAUAAUACAUAAUCAAAAGAUUACUUUAUUGUUCGAUCGUGUCACGUGUGAAUCAUAAAAAGUCUUUCGAAAAUUGACGGUUUCGAUCGGAUUUAUGAAAAUAUCGUUUGUCGUUUUGUAAUCAUCCGAUUAAUCACCAGAUUAAGUAUUAUCAAGAAUUUUUUAGUCUUGAAUAAGGCAGAUGGAGUGGGACUAUUUAAAUAAAAAAUACAGAAGACAACCGGAACGUAUGUUAUCUGUUGUAAUAUAUUAACCUUUGCGCAAUAGUAGUGGAAACUGUCAAUGCCAAACUCAGGUGUUAUUUGAGGAUUUUAUUCAACACAAGUUUUCAAAACAGGUAGUAGCAGUAAAUAAGUGUCAAGGAAAACCAGUUCGAACAGAGGAAAUAGUAUCAUCUCACCAAAAAAAAGAGAUACCUUCUUAAUAAUAAUAAGCGUUUUUUGAUUGAAAACAAAGAUUGUAAAGAUGAAGAGGGUGAGGAAUUUCUACGAAUUUUAUGAUGAUUAAAUGGAGACUAAUUAUGGGUUUUAAAAUGUCGUUUAUUUUAAACGAUUUUGUGCAUCCAAAAUUAUUUCUUUGAAACCAUUUGAUGUUAAUAUCACCAUGGACGACGUCGAACAAUCUGUACUCUUAACAAAUUUUACUUGUAAGAAACGAAGAUUCAAAGUGUUUUUUCAUCAAUUAAAGAUUAUUUGGGAUACAGAGAAACCACCUUUCCAUCAAGUAACCGUCCCAAUACAAAAUGUUAUUGCAGUUAAACAAAAUUUUUUACCAGUAUCUCAUCCCUUAGAUGAUCCAUCGAUAGAUCCAAAUAAUUUUACUAUACACUAUGCUGAAAAAGGUAGAAACAAAACUUGGGAGUAUAAAUCAAUCACUUUUAGACAUUCCGAUCCAAUCCAAGUUGUAUCUUGGGUAAAAACAUUACAAAAUCAUUUAGAGACUUUUACUAAUCGUCCAAAAAAAAUGUUAUUAUUUGUGAAUCCUUUUGGAGGAAAACGCAGUGCAAUGCAAAUUUAUGAAAAAGAAGCAAAACCAUUGUUUAUAUUGGCAAAUAUUGAUGUAACAGUGAAUGUAUCACAAAGAAAAGAUCAAAUCAAAGACUUUGUUACUUAUCAUAACUUAGAUAUGUUUGAUUCUGUCGCUUGUGUUGGUGGAGAUGGAACAGUUUCUGAAUUAUUUAAUGGAUUGGUUAUUAGAGAAUGUCGAAUGAAAGGAAUUGAUAUGAAUGAUCAUAGUCAAGCUUUACCUAAACCAAGUUUACCAGUUGGAAUUAUUCCUGGCGGUAGCACAGAUACAAUAGCAUAUUGUCUACAUGGAACAAAAGAUACGCAAACAGCAGUACUUCAUAUAAUAUUUGGUGAUACAUUAGGAUUGGAUUUAGUAUCAGUUUACGAUACAACACGUCUUUUAAGAUUAUACGCUAGUGUUUUAAGUUAUGGUUACUUAGGCGAUGUGGCUUAUCAUAGUGAUAGACACCGUUGGAUGGGUCCUCGUCGUUACGAGUACUCGGGUUUAAAAAAAAUUUUAAUGAACAAGGGUUAUAAAGGUGAGAUAGCAGUAUUAUCAGUGGAGAGUGGCAGUGAAGGCGAAGAAGGUUCUUCGUCGAAAUGUUUCGAGAGUUGUUCCACUUGCCUAGAAAGUAGCUGUGAUGAUGUUAGUAUUAAAAAGGAUGGUUGUAAUUGGAAAACGUUGAAUGGGAAGUAUUUUAUGGUUAGCGGUGCGAAUAUUAGUUGUGCUUGCGAUCGUAGUCCAAAUGGAAUCGCGCCAUUUUGUCACGUGGGUGAUGGACAUUUGUACUUAGUACUUGUACACCAUACGAGUUUAUUAAACAUACUUCGAUUGCUGUUGAGGAUGUCUUCAAAACGAGGAAAAAUUGAUGACUUGCCGUUUAUCGAGAUGCAUAAGGGUAAAGAAUUUCGAUUCAAAUCUCUUGAAGGACAUAGUAGAUGGAAUUGUGAUGGCGAAGUUGAAUCAGAAACCGACAUUCAUGCAAUAGUAAGAUGUCAACUCUUAUCAGUUUAUAGUCGAGGAAAUCCCAUUCCGGCCGAUGAUGAAACCACUAAAUGUUGCGGUUUAUGCAAAAACUAAAAAUGCAAUACUAUAUAUAGAAGAACAAGUAUUCGAGCAAUUUCUUUUCUCUUGGUGAAUGUGGUAUAUGUUUUUAUCAUAUUUUUUUGUAUUUUUUUCCUUUUACUUAAUGUUUACAUUCCUGUUUUUAAAUAUU